AUGUAUCAAUGGACAUUUGUAACAGGUUCACUUCCACCGUCUCUUUUCAACAUGUCCUCGUUGAGACUAAUAAAUCUUCGGAACAACUUCUUCAAUGGCCAACUUCCAGAAGAAAUGUGUCAACAUGCUCACUCACUCCAACACAUUUCUAUCUUAAAUAACAAAGUUGGGGGAAUCAUUCCAAGGUCUAUUAACAACUGCACCUCCCUCAAACGCUUAUUUUUGGGAGCAAACAUUUUCACAGGUACCAUACCUUAUGAGAUUGGUGACUACUUAAAAAACCUUGAGAAACUGCAUUUGCAAGGCAACAGAUUGAGAGGGUCUAUUCCAGCAUGCAUCUUCAACAUCUCAGGGCUGAUUAGUUUGUCACUAUCAAAUAACCGACUCUCAGGGACUAUUCCAAUUCAUGCAUACCAUAGUCUAUCCAACCUCCAAUACCUGUACCUUGCAGGAAACAAUCUUAAUGGUGAUAUUCCAAGUGGCCUUUUCAAUGCUACAGAGCUUCUUGAACUAGUAAUGGCCAACAACACAUUGACAGGAAUCAUACCUGAAUCAGUUGGGAAUUUAAGAAAUCUCCAACUAUUUUAUCUGGUAGGAAACAAGUUGACUAGUGAUCCAGCCUCUUCUGAGAUGGGUUUUCUCACUUCAUUGACAAAGUGUAGACAAUUGAAAAAGAUUCUGCUAUCCAUAAAUCCCCUAAAUGGAACACUUCCAAAUUCUAUUGGAAACCUGUCAAAGUCUCUUGAAACUUUUGAUGUCUGGAGCUGUAAUCUCAAGGGUAAAAUCCCUUCACAGAUUGGCAAUUUAAAGAGCUUGUUUGACAUAAAUCUUAAAGAAAACAAACUUACUGGACCGGUCCCUAGUACAAUUGGCACUUUGCAGCUUCUCCAACGUUUGGAUCUUUCUGACAACAAAUUAAAUGGUUCAAUUCCAGAUCAGAUUUGCCAUUUGGUCAAAUUGAAUGAGUUGCGCCUUAGCAAAAAUCAGAUUUCUGGGCCAGUGCCAGAAUGCAUGAGGUUCCUUAGUUCUCUAAGAAACCUUUACUUGGAUUCCAAUAACUUGAAAUCUACAAUACCCUCUUCCCUUUGGAGCCUUACAGAUAUAUUGGAGGUAAACUUAUCCUCUAAUGGUUUUGUAGGUUCAUUGCCAGCUGAGAUAGGUGCAAUGUAUGCUCUGAUAAAAUUGGACAUAUCAAACAAUCACUUUUCAGGGAAACUUCCAAUUUCUAUUGGUGGCUUGCAACAGAUACUGAACCUGUCAUUAGCUAAUAACAUGUUACAAGGGCCGAUUCCUGAUUCAGUUGGAAAAAUGUUAAGCUUGGAAUUUUUGGACCUUUCUCACAACCUUUUAUCAGGCAUCAUCCCCAAGUCAAUUGAAAAACUUCUUUAUCUCAAAUCUAUUAACUUGUCUUAUAAUAAACUAGAAGGAGAAAUUCCCUCUGGUGGCAGUUUUGCAAAUUUCACAGCUCAAUCCUUCUUCAUGAAUGAAGCACUUUGUGGGAGACUUGAGCUAGAAGUCCAACCAUGUCCUAGUAAUGGUGCAAAACAUAACAGGACAGGAAAAAGGCUUUUACUAAAAUUGAUGAUACCUUUUAUUGUGUCUGGCAUGUUUCUUGGUUCUGCAAUUCUUCUAAUGUACAGGAAAAACUGCAUUAAAGGUUCAAUUAACAUGGACUUCCCGACAUUGCUAAUUACAAGUAGAAUUUCCUACCAUGAACUUGUGGAGGCAACACAUAAAUUUGAUGAGAGCAAUCUUCUUGGAAGUGGAAGCUUUGGUUCUGUGUACAAAGGUAAGCUUUCAAAUGGACUAAUGGUUGCAAUUAAAGUAUUCCAUUUGGAUAAUGAACAAGAAGCAUCAAGGAGUUUUGAAAAUGAAUGUGAAGCAUUGCGCAAUCUUCGUCACCGUAAUCUAGUUAAAGUCAUCACUAGUUGCUCCAAUUCCUUUGAUUUCAAGGCCCUAGUAAUGGAACAUGUUCCAAAUGGGAACUUGGAGAAGUGGUUGUAUUCUCAUAACUAUUUCCUAAGUUUCAUGGAAAGACUAAACAUAAUGAUAGAUAUUGCAUCUGCCUUGGAGUAUCUCCAUCACGGUAACCCCAACUCUGUUGUGCACUGUGACCUGAAGCCAAGCAAUGUUUUGUUGGAUGAAGAUAUGGUAGCUCAUGUGUGUGAUUUUGGCUUAUCUAAACUCAUGGAAGAAAGCCAACUUCAAGUGCAUACAAAAACACUAGCAACUCCUGGUUAUAUUGCACCAGAAUAUGGAUUUGAAGGUGUUGUGUCCAUUAAAGGAGAUGUUUACAGCUUCGGUAUCAUGCUUUUGGAAGUAUUUACAAGAAAGAAACCAAUUGAUGAAAUGUUUAUAGAGGGAACAAGUUUAAGGUCAUGGAUCCAAGAGUCACUGCCAGAUGAGAUUAUUCAAGUUAUAGACCCGAAUCUACUGGAGGGAGAGGAACAACUUAUUUCUGCCAAGAAAGAAGCUUCAUCAAACAUCAUGUUGUUGGCUUUGAAUUGCUCCGCAGACUCCAUUGAUGAAAGAAUGAGUAUGGAUGAAGUCUUACCUUGCUUGAUCAAAAUCAAAACCAUAUUUUUGCAUGAAACUACACCGCGAUCCCAGCGCCAUCGCGCCUGA